UUUUAACCCUAAUACAGAAAGUGUCAUAACCAAAAACAAGUGUUUUAUUUACUAAUUGCUAGAGAAGGAACAGCUAUUGUACCGGUAAUUAACAACAUUUUUAUAACUUUUUUAAUUUUCCUGUUAUGAGAAUUCACUUUUUACGUUUUAUGUUUCAAGGAUUCUAAUACUGAGAUUCAAGGACAGUCAUUUCAAGAAGGGUUCCUAUCAUGAGCACAAAUUGAUAUGGAAAGGUGUCACCACAUUACACACAGUUGGGGAUCUCUCUAGAAGUUUGUUUACUUGGUAGGCGGGUGGCUGACUUGGAGUUCUAAUUUUAACAAACUUGUAUAUAAUUAGAAGCAAUUGCAGCAAGCGUUCAGUCUCUCUCGAACCUCGUCACAGUUCUCACCUACUGCAGUUUCACAUUUCAGAAAAAAGAUGUCUCUAGUCCCCCUGCUCUUCCGCGACUGGUGGGAUGACUUCGACACCCCCCACCAUCACACCCCGCGCGCCUCCCGCCUGCUGGACCAGCACUUCGGUCUGGGCCUGAACCGCGACGAACUGGUCUCCAGUCUUGCCAACAUCCGGCCCUCAGUGCUGCGAACCGGCUACAUCCGGCCCUGGAGCAAUGCCCUUGUCAGGCAGAACAGCGGAGUGUCCAACCUCACCGCCGACAACGAGAAAGUGCAGGUGAGCCUAGACGUGCAACAGUUUGCGCCGUCCGAGAUCACUGUGAAAACGGUGGACGGCACGAUCAUCGUGGAGGGCAAGCACGAGGAGAAGCAGGACGAGCACGGCUUCAUCUCUCGCCACUUUGUGCGCAAAUACGUGCUGCCAAAGGACGUCGACUCCAACAACAUCACUUCGUCGCUCUCAUCCGACGGAGUCCUCACCAUAUCGGCGCCCAAACUGAGCAUUGAAACCAAAGGCGAGAGGUCCAUCCCAAUUAUCCAGACCGGCACACCUGCAGUUAAGGCAGCCGACAAAGAAGGACAGUAAAUAAAAUAUGCUGCUUACCAAAAGCCGUUCACCGCAUUCUUUUAAAAUACUCGUUGAUUUUCUAUUAUUUACACGAUUUUUCAUUCUUCGAUUUCCAUUUUUGAUUGACUAGUUGUAAUAAUUUAACAUGCUUCAAUAAAUAUAACAUUUUUUACAUCACUA